GCACCGGUAACGCUGCCAAAUCUGGGCACGGCAAAGCGGCGCCGCGCCCUUCCGGUGGUGCGUGUGCGGGCAGGACGGGGAAGGGCACACCCCGGUUUCUCUGCCUUCUCCCUAUACGGCUUCCCGGUAUGGCCGCCGUGCUGAAGCGAGCCCUUGUGUGGGCCGGUGCCCGGGAGUUGCCCCGUUGCCACGGCGCCUCGCCCUCCCGCCUCCGCUCCGGUCUUUGCCGUCCGGGAAGCUGGGUUGAGUGUUGGCAUGUGGCCGGUUCGGUCUCCUCCCGCCGCGGCGGGGUGCCGGCGAGGUGCCGUACCGGCCGUCCCGGCGGAGGAGCGACGCCGCCGCCGCCUUCCGCUGCCGGUGGAAGCUCGGGGCGGUUUCCCCCGGCGCUCGCAGGAAGCGGCGUGCAGGCAGUGCCGGUGACGUUGGUGGCAUCAGCGUGGAUCAUGCGCCCGGAUGACGCCAACAUCGCCGGGAACGUCCACGGGGGAACCAUCCUGAAGAUGAUCGAGGAGGCGGGAGCCAUCAUCAGCACCCGCCACUGCAACUCCCAGGCUGGGGAGCCCUGCGUGGCCGCGCUGGCGCGGGUGGAACGGACGGACUUCCUCUCCCCGAUGUGCAUCGGCGAGGUGGCCAACGUCAGCGCCGAGAUCACCUACACCUCCCGGCACUCCGUGGAGGUCCAGGUCAACGUCAUGUCCGAAAACAUCUUAACAGGGGCGAAGAAGGUGACGAACAAGGCGACGCUGUGGUACGUGCCCUUGUCCCUGAAGAACGUCAACAAGGUCGUCGAGGUUCCCCCCAUCCAGUAUGCGAGAAAGGAGCAGGAGGAUGAGGGGAAGAAGCGUUAUGAGGAGCAAAAGCUGGAUCGGCUGGAAACUAAGCAGAGAAACGGCGACGUGAUCUUCCCCGUCAUCAACCCAGAUAGGCAGACAAAAGAGCCACACACCGUUGGCUACAGCCAGUCCAGCCUGAUCCACCUGGUGGGACCGUCGGACUGCACGCUGCUGGGCUUCGUGCACGGAGGUGUCACCAUGAAGCUGAUGGAUGAGGUUGCUGGGAUUGUGGCCGCCCGCCACUGCAAGACCAACAUCGUCACCGCCUCAGUGGAUGCCAUCAACUUCCACGAGAAGAUCAAAAAAGGCAGCGUCAUCACCAUCUCGGGGCGCAUGACCUUCACAAGCAAUAAAUCCAUGGAAAUCGAAGUCUUUGUGGAUGCCGACCCGUUCGUGGACGAGUCUCGGGGUCGGUACCGUGCUGUCAGCGCCUUCUUCACCUACGUCUCCCUCAGCAAGGAGGGGAAGCCCCUGCCUGUCCCACAGCUGCUGACGGAGACGGAGGAUGAGAAGCGGCGCUUUGAGGAAGGGAAGGGCAGGUACCUCCAGACGAAAGCCAAGCGGCAGGCGCAGAUGCAGCAGGCUGCCCAGCACUGAUCCCGCCCCGCUCCCCCCGCCUUCGCCCGCCAGACCUCCCAGUUCCCCCGUUAAAUGUCGUCACCGGGCCCCGCGCCUUCGCCCACCCCAGCCUGUCGCCGCCGGCGCGGCCGCUUCGCUGCUCAUGGGUUUAGUGCCGUAAACCUUGUGCUUUAGGUGGCUUAAGCGCCCCAAAAAGGCUCCGGGAGCCUUCCCGGUCGCUCGCCGUUCACCCCCUGGAGCCCCUCGUUUCACCGGUCAGUCCCGUAAACGGAGCUCCCGCCCGUGCUGCAGCGGGGCAGAGGCACGUGGCGGCACGAGGGCCGGGCGAGGCCGCCAAGUCGUUGUGAUGCUGUGUUCAAAGUGGCCGGUGAAGUCCUAAAACCGCAGACCAAAGCUUUAGGUACGAUGCUGGCGAGGGGGAGCGCGCCCCCGUAUCGUACCCAAUGUCUGGGACCGUUCCGUCGACAUCUCUAGGUAGUUUCUCUGUGCACAUCUUAAGUUAUUUCGGGAUUCCUGUGGCAUAAAUAAAGUCUGUUGUCGUUGACCAAAAUAAAA